AUGGAGGACGAUAAUGACCCUGCUUAUGGCAAGCCUGACUUCGUGCUUUUGGACCAGGUGACCAUGGAAGACUUCAUGAAGAACUUGAAGCUCAGGUUUGAGAAGAACCGCAUCUACACCUACAUCGGCGAGGUACUGGUGUCUGUGAAUCCUUACCAAGAACUGCCACUCUAUGGGCCUGAGGUCAUUGCCCAGUACCAGGGCCAUGAACUCUACGAGCGGCCACCCCACCUCUAUGCUGUGGCCAAUGCUGCUUACAAGGCCAUGAAGCGCCGGGCUAGAGACACCUGCAUUGUCAUCUCAGGGGAGAGCGGGGCUGGGAAGACAGAAGCAAGCAAGCACAUCAUGCAAUACAUUGCGGCUGUCACUAACCCAAGCCAGAGGACCGAGGUGGAGAGGGUCAAGGAUGUGCUGCUCAAAUCUACCUGUGUGCUAGAAGCCUUCGGCAAUGCGCGUACCAGUCGUAACCACAACUCCAGCCGCUUUGGCAAGUACAUGGACAUCAAUUUCAACUUCAAGGGAGACCCCAUUGGGGGCCACAUCCACAGCUACCUGCUGGAGAAGUCCCGGGUCCUCAAGCAGCACGUGGGCGAGAGGAACUUCCACUCCUUCUACCAGAUGCUGCAGGGGAGUGAGGACAAGUUGCUUCAAGAACUGCACUUACAGAGAAACCCUGCUCUGUACAACUUUACCCGCCAGGGAGCAGGACUCAGUGUGACAGUACUCAGUAACUUGAACAGUGAUGAGAUGAACCACCAAGCAGUGACCCAGGCCAUGGGGGUGAUUGGCUUCAGUCCCAAGGAAAUAGCAUCUAUUCACCGGAUCCUCGCCGCCAUAUUGCACCUGGGAAACAUCGAGUUUGUGGAGACAAAGGAAGAGGGGCCAGAGAAGGGGCACCUGGUGGUGGCCGAGGAGGUGCUGGUGGAGUACGUGGCUGAGCUGACAGCCACCCCCCGGGACUUGGUGCUCCGCUCCCUACUGGCCCGCACGGUGGCCUCAGGGGGCAGAGACCUCAUUGAGAAGGGCUAUUCCACGGCCGAGGCUUGCUAUGCCCGAGACGCCUGUGCCAAGGCAGUAUACCAGCGGCUGUUUGAGUGGAUUGUGGACAAGAUUAACAGUGUCAUGGAAGCCCAAGGUCGGGACCCUCGGCGUGACGGCAAGGACACAGUCAUUGGAGUGCUGGACAUCUAUGGCUUCGAGGUGUUCCCUGUCAACAGUUUUGAACAGUUCUGCAUCAACUACUGCAACGAGAAGCUGCAGCAGCUGUUCAUCCAGCUGAUCCUGAAGCAGGAGCAGGAGGAGUAUCAGCGAGAAGGCAUUGCAUGGCAGAGUAUCAACUAUUUCAACAACAUGGCUAUUGUGGAGCUAGUGGAGCGGCCUCACCGGGGCAUCCUGGCAGUGCUGGAUGAAGCCUGCAGCUCAGCGGGCACCAUCACUGACCGGAUCUUCCUGCAGACCUUGGACACCCACCAUCGACAUCACCCACAUUACACCAGCCGCCAGCUCUGCCCCACAGACAAGAGCAUGGAGUUCGGUCGAGACUUCCAAAUCAAGCACUAUGCGGGGAAUGUCACGUAUUCUGUGGAGGGCUUCAUUGACAAGAACCGAGAUUUACUCUUCCAGGACUUUAAGCGGCUACUAUACAGCAGCACAGACCCCACCCUGCGGGCCAUGUGGCCAGAUGGACAACAGGGCAUCACGGAGGUGACCAAGCGCCCCCUGACGGCUGGCACACUCUUCAAGAACUCCAUGGUGGCCCUGGUGGAAAACCUGGCCUCCAAGGAGCCUUACUAUGUACGCUGCAUCAAGCCCAAUGAAGACAAAGUGGCCGGGAGGCUGGAUGAGAGCUACUGCCGCCACCAAGUUGCAUACCUCGGGCUACUGGAGAAUGUGAGAGUCCGCAGAGCUGGCUUUGCGUUCCGACAGCCUUAUCCCCGAUUCCUGCUCAGGUACAAGAUGACCUGUGAGUACACCUGGCCCAACCACCUCCUGGGCUCAGACAAAGCAGCCGUGAGUGCCCUCCUGGAGCAAAGCGGGUUGCUGGGGGAUGUGGUCUUUGGCCACACCAAGCUGUUCAUCCGCUCGCCCCACACCCUGGUUGUGCUGGAGCAGAGCAGAGCCCGGCUCAUCCCCGUCAUUGUGCUCCUGCUGCAGAAGGCAUGGAGGGGCACGCUGGCCCGACAGCACUGCCGGCGCCUGCGGGCCGUCUACACCAUUAUGCGCUGGUUCCGGAAGCACAAGGUACGCAGCCACCUGACAGAGCUGCAGCGGACCUUCCAGGCUGCACGGCAGGCUCCACUCUAUGGCCGCGACCUCGUUUGGCCCACGGUGCCCACGGUGCUGCAGCCGUUCCAGGAUGUCUGCCAAGUGCUUUUCUGUAGGUGGCGGGCCUGGCAGCUGGUCAAGAAUAUCCCCCCUUCAGACAUGGCUCAGAUCAAGGCCAAGGUGGCUGCCAUGGGGUUACUGCAGGGGCUGCGCCAGGACUGGGGCUGUUGUCGGGCCUGGGUUCGAGACUACCUAUCCUCUGCCGCAGACAAUCCUACAGCCUCGGGCCUCUUCACUCAGCGGUUGCAGACCCUCCGUGAGAAGGAUGGCUUUGGGACUGUACUCUUCUCUAGCCAUAUCCGAAAGGUAAACCGCUUCCACAAGAGACGGGACCGGGCACUCCUGCUCACAGACCUGCACUUAUACAAGCUGGAACCGAAUAGGCAGUACCGGGUGAUGCGGGCUGUACCUCUCAAGAUGGUGACCGGUCUGAGUGUGACAAGUGGACGGGACCAGUUGGUGGUACUGCAUGCCCAAGGCCAGGAUGACCUGGUAGUCUGUCUGCACCGCACCCAGCCGGAGCUAGACAACCGUGUCGGGGAACUAGUGGGUGUGCUGGCCGCACACUGCCAAAGGGAAGGCCGUGCCCUGGACGUCCGUGUCUCUGACUGCAUAACCCUGAGCCAGCGUGGAUCCCGGCGCCUAGUCUCCGUGGAGCCCAAGCCCGAGCAGCAGGCGCCUGACUUCCACUGCAGCCGGGCAGGCUUCACCCUGCUCUGGCCGAGCCGCUGA